CGACCCGCGCCGGGCGCGCCCCGGGGCCCGGAGCCUCCGCCCGCCGCCGCCUCGCCGGCGUGACCCGGCCCCCGCCCGAGCGGUGUUUUCUGGUGAUGAAUUGAAUUUGUAGCCGAUAUCCGAUUCCCAUGUAGAGUCUCCGCCUCCUCCUCCCCCCGCCGCCGCCCUCCCUCCGCCCUCCCCUCCCGCCGCCGCCGCCGCCGCCGCCUCCCGCUCCAGCUCCGCGGCCCGGCCCGGCCGGCUCCCUCCUCCCUCCCCUGCAGCCUUCGCCUGCCCUCCCGCCGGCCUCACCGGGCUCCAGGGGGGCCAGAGGCUCUGCGGGGUGGGGGGAGGACAGGAGGGGAGGAGGAGGAAGGGGGGACCCCCGAGUCGCCCCCUCUCCUCCCCCCGCCCCCCCGGCUCCAUCCUCCGCCGCCGCCCGAGCAGCUGCGGGGCCGCCGCCGCCGCCGCCUUUGCAGGUGCCUUCACAUAGAGACAAGCCACACUUAAUAUGAGAAAGGCUGAGUCAUCACUAGAGAGUGGGAAGGGCAGCAGCAGCAGCAGCAGCAGCAGCAGCAGAGAAUCCAAACCCCAAAGCUGAUACCACAAAGUAGCAUUUCUCCGAGUUGGGGGCUCAGAGGGGAGCCAUCAUGAGCGAUGUUACCGUUGUGAAAGAAGGCUGGGUUCAGAAGAGGGGAGAAUAUAUAAAAAACUGGAGGCCAAGAUAUUUCCUUUUGAAGACAGAUGGCUCAUUCAUAGGAUAUAAAGAGAAACCUCAAGAUGUGGAUUUACCUUAUCCCCUCAACAACUUUUCAGUGGCAAAAUGCCAGUUAAUGAAAACAGAACGACCAAAGCCAAACACAUUUAUUAUCAGAUGUCUUCAGUGGACCACUGUUAUAGAGAGAACAUUUCAUGUAGAUACUCCAGAGGAAAGGGAAGAGUGGACAGAAGCCAUUCAGGCUGUAGCAGACAGACUUCAGAGACAAGAAGAGGAGAGAAUGAAUUGUAGUCCAACUUCACAAAUUGAUAAUAUAGGGGAGGAAGAGAUGGAUGCUUCCACAACCCAUCAUAAAAGAAAGACAAUGAAUGAUUUUGACUAUUUGAAACUACUAGGUAAAGGCACUUUUGGGAAAGUUAUUUUGGUUCGAGAGAAGGCAAGUGGCAAAUACUAUGCUAUGAAGAUUCUGAAGAAGGAAGUUAUUAUUGCAAAGGACGAAGUGGCACAUACUCUAACUGAAAGCAGAGUAUUAAAGAACACUAGACAUCCCUUUUUAACAUCCUUGAAAUAUUCCUUCCAGACAAAAGACCGUUUGUGUUUUGUGAUGGAAUAUGUAAAUGGAGGAGAGCUGUUUUUCCAUUUGUCGAGAGAGCGGGUGUUCUCCGAGGACCGCACACGUUUCUAUGGUGCAGAAAUUGUCUCUGCUUUGGACUAUCUACAUUCCGGAAAGAUUGUGUACCGUGAUCUCAAGUUGGAGAAUUUGAUGCUGGAUAAAGAUGGCCACAUAAAAAUUACAGAUUUUGGACUUUGCAAAGAAGGGAUCACAGAUGCAGCCACCAUGAAGACAUUCUGUGGCACACCAGAGUAUCUGGCACCAGAGGUGUUAGAAGACAACGACUAUGGCCGAGCCGUGGAUUGGUGGGGCCUGGGGGUUGUCAUGUAUGAGAUGAUGUGUGGGAGGCUACCUUUCUACAACCAGGAUCAUGAGAAACUUUUUGAACUAAUACUAAUGGAAGACAUUAAAUUUCCUCGAACCCUCUCUUCAGAUGCAAAAUCACUGCUUUCAGGGCUUUUGAUAAAGGAUCCAAAUAAACGCCUUGGCGGGGGCCCAGAUGAUGCAAAAGAAAUUAUGAGGCACAGUUUCUUCUCUGGAGUCAACUGGCAAGAUGUAUACGAUAAAAAGCUUGUACCUCCUUUUAAGCCUCAAGUAACAUCUGAGACAGAUACCAGAUAUUUUGAUGAAGAAUUUACAGCUCAGACUAUUACAAUAACGCCACCUGAAAAAUAUGACGAGGACGGCAUGGACUGCGUUGACAACGAGCGGCGGCCGCAUUUCCCUCAGUUCUCCUAUUCUGCCAGCGGCCGCGAGUAAGGUCCCUGUCCUGCUCCUUCACUGUCAUCCCAGAUUUCCUCCUCAAGAUGAUUCCCGGACAUCACACCAGUCGUAGCUCUUACAAAGCAGGAGCGCCUCCAGACACCCCAGCCCACUCUCACCCCCACGAGAACACACAUGGACGCAAACACACUUGUUUGUUUUUGCAUGAAAUUGUAUCUCCGUCUACGGUCUCAUGCUGCUGCUGCUACUGUCUUACUAUUCUAGCAACUUUAAGAGGUAAUUUUACAAUCUUUGGAAGUCAUGAGCCCACCAUUGUUCAUUUGUGCACCAGUUGUCAUCUUUCGAUCUUUUAGUUUUUGUUUAUCCCUAACAGUGAAGGCUAAAUGAGAUACACUGAUUCUAGGUACAUUUUUUAACUUUCUAGAAGAUACAUCGAAAACUAAUUAGACUAAGAAGAUUUAGUUUCUAAUUCAGAACAAGCAAUUGUGGCAGGGUGGUGAUGUGCAUAUGCAGAACUAUAGGAAGGGGUUAAGAAAUCGGUGCAUACGGCGGGGAUCGUGCACUCAGACCUGGCCGGAAUCCCUAGGGAAGCAUCUGAGAGAAGGAGCGAACGACCGUUGAGAUAGAGCGCUAGAUGCACACGUAGUCCCUGUUGGACGCUGCAGAGGAAGCCUGCUGUUCACCCGGAUGUCCAGAUCUCACGGGUGGUCGUUGGCAAGAUGGACACUGCUCUUCCAGGGAAGGAGGCAUAUGCACAGCAGAGGCAAGGUCGCUUACAGGCUCGAUGACACGAUUUGCACCAGAGAGCAUUUUUUUCCCCUGUGCUUGGAAACCUUUUUCCCUUCUUGAUAUUUAUCACCUCUGAUGGCUGAAGAAUGUAGACAGGUAUAAUGAUCCUGCUUUUCACCAAAAUUUGUACACCAAGGUAAACAGGUGUUUGCCUUAUUUGUUUUUAAGUUUUGACUUUCAGUUCUACGUGAAUUAGCUUUUUCUCGGAUGUUAAAACUUUGAAUGUCCUUUUAUCGUUUUGUUUAUAUUGCAGUAGUAUUUAUUUCUUAGUGAAGACAAUUGUGUGUCAUGUUAGCAAAUGCAGCUCCAACUUAACAUGAACUAGACUCACUGCAGUUUAUUUUGACCCAUGUGCGAGGAAUGUACACGCCAAUGAGAAUCAUGCACUUUUUCUCCUUUGUAACAAAAUUUGAUGAGGCUCUGAAAUUGUACAUAUUGGUUAGAAUUGGACUUUGGGAGAAGAGAUGAUGACACUAAACCCCUUGGUGCUCAAAAGGAGAAAAUCCCCAGCUCUCCGUGCCGAGGGGUUAAGGAGAUGGAAGGCUGUUGCUGUUGACCGUUGGAGAACGGAAGUGCUCUGACAACCCGGCGACGUCUCGCCGUGAAGGAACCGCGACCGGCAUGACCGUGACAGAUGCACCAUACUUGGCAAAAUGCACACAUCUCGAGUAUUCACCAAGUAGGCAGUAAGGGGUAAGAACCUGGUGUGUUUAUUCCAAUCAUGGUACAUUUAGCACUGAAUUAAGCCAUCAGGGAGAAAACAAAACAACACACACAAAAAGAACACCUCCAACUUUUCUUUUUCUGUAUAUAUUCAUGUCCCCAAAUUCCAACAUUUCUCACUGAAAGGGGACAUGUAUGCAAACCUCAUCUUUCUCCUUCAUUAAUGAUGAUCUUCAGAUUAAACCCUUUGGUGCUAGGAGCUGACAUUUUCCAAAGCAGCCUAUGAAGUCCAGGGGCUGGGGGUCCUUGCUGCGGCCGCAGGAGGCCGGCCGGCCCCAUGGAGCGAUUGUGGAGAUGUCUGUAGUCACAUGUUCUGACAGCUCCCCGUGGAACACUGCGGCAUGACAUGGUAUGACGACUCAGAUGCAUUGUGUGGAAGAGCAAGUGACUUUCUAAGUAGGAUGAAUCAUAUUCAUACGCAGAUGUCUUAGCCUCGUGGCACUGGAAGUGUGGAUCUGUAGAUGAGACACCACUGCUGGCGGUGGGCAGGCCACUGGGACUGAUGGGGGUCAAAGGGCAUUUUACUAAGGCAGCUAAGACAUAUUCAGACAUAGGUUUUAUCCUAAUUUUUCAUAUUCCUAUCUGAGUGAAAUUCAUCCUUAGCAUUGAGUAGGAAGUUACAGGAAAUGGUAGUUCAUUCUUACUUACACAUGUCGCUUCACUUUUUCUCCACCCUUGGAAUUCUGUUGAAUGUUUCACUUUGACCAGAAAGUAGACUAGAAGGUAUGUCCUAUAAGUUGUCUCGCAUCCAUUUUAUCCAGAAGGAACAGGUAGAGGCAGAGAAGGUGGCUGAGGCUGGUUGGUGUUCGUGCGGAGCGGCCAUUCCUCUGGCAGAGGAGGGCGACCCUGUUUACUGAGCACUUCGAUAGCUUCCCCCCGCAAACCUUAAGGUGAUUUCCUGUGACCUUGGCCAAGGACACUUCCUGAAGAUGAAUGACCGUGCUGACAGUGCCCUGGGCCGGCCACGCCUCACGGCUGGCUCUCCAUCUCCAGCCUGCAUGCAGGGCUCACUUGCACUGGACCUUGAGAUGCGCCAGGGCCAGCAGGGCCUUUCCUUGGCUUCCACGCCCAGCCCCCUCGCUCUCGCUCCCAGGUACCCAUCCGCUGGCGCGGAGGAAUGACAGGAUAACAGAUGUGCGUGCGUGCGUGCGUGCGAGCGAGCAAGCAUGUAGAGGAAGGUUUCCGCACCUGCCCUUGGGGCUGCCUGUGGCCACGGCGGGGGCUGCUGGCAGAAGGGGAGGCCCAGAACCCGGCAUUGCUCCAUCAGAACACGGGUCAGACACAGCGGACUCCAUCCCGCACUAACUUCCGUGAAGUCUGCCCUCUUGUCUUAAUGCAGCCAUCUGGGAGGAAAUUGGCCAUUUCUGCUUGGAUUUUUUGGCAGGUUGCUCACAGCUUUGCUUUCUACACUAAUAACAUAGCAUUAUUCCAGUAUUGUUUUCCAUUUCCCGUACCUGAUUUCCGGCUUCUUAAAGCUGACUGUUCUUGCAGGGGCCCCUUGCUUCUCCUAGAGGACAAAAGUAAGGGCCUUCCUUACUAACUGCAGGGGCUCUGUCUUACACCUCAACGUACACACUUUGCUGCUACUGUUCGUACUGUCUACAGUAGAAUUUCCUUAUCUUGCUCCUGGUAGUGCAUUACAGGCAAGCAUGAAAUGUAAAGUAUUUAUUUAAAUAAAAAGAAAAACCUCUAAAUUGGUAAUUGAAUUACCUCCCUGUAGCUUUAUAGUUUGUGACAUUUCUUGACCUUGCUAGUUCUUUCAUUAGAUCCGCGCAAGAUCUAGUCAUCUGGUUAAGGAUUUUAAGCAGACGCAACUAUGAACCCAAGAAAAACUGUAUUACUAUUACUGUCGGUCAUACUAAAACUGUUCAUUUCCUUAAGUAUAUGACCCACAAGGAUGUGAAAUAACUACAAGAAACUGUUUUUGUACACUGUACAUCCUUAGUAUUUUUACACGUAUAUGAUAGGGAUGCACAUUAUUUUCCUUCGUACAGACGGCUUAAAUAAAGCACUAUGUCAAUCUGCUA